AUGCCGUUCCAAAUUCUUUCUUCUAUCUGGAGGCGCAUCCUAACAGCCGCCUUAAGGUUUUUUAACAUCUUUCUUGGGGCUUGGCUCUCCCAAGGCACUCCAAGUCCCUCACAUGAUAACCAUACGAGUACUUCUAGUCCUGGUUGGUCUCUGACCAUACCUAACGUCCCUGCAGGCAUGCCUCCCCGUCCAGAAUUCACCCCGUUCACAAUUCCUUACCUCUGCAUGUCUAAGCCAUACGAUGGGGAAGGGUUUUGGACAUAUCCGGAGCGCCACGGUUGGAUCAUAGGCGCGAAGGACAAGAAAUGUCAUGUGCUCUGUCCACCAGGUAUUUGCCGUGACGGCAUGAGUCUGCCAGACUUUGGCCGCACGAGGCAAGCCCAACCGCCGAUAUUGUCGCGUGCCGACGGAAUGCCAGUCACUGCCAGUGACAAAGUUGCGUUCCUGCAAGCUUGGCUCUUCUUUGGCGUCCUCACGGAAGUCUCUGCUUUAUGCGGACUCGAGCUCAAUGUCGAAGCAGAAUUCAUCGUUGACAAUGUAUCUGUCUCCACUGCAAAGCUUAACGGCUUACCGGGCAGAUGGUUCGCAGCUGCAGCGAAGAAGAAUCGAGCAGGUGAUCAUGCGUUCAUGGAACAUAUUCUAUCAAUCGCACGACACGUAGUUCUUAUGCUUUCUGAAGAGCUCGUCGAGGACGGUACCCGAAUGUUCGAGUAUACAUACGCCGAAUGUCGUGUCCUACACUCUCUCGACAUCACUGCCCGUAUCGUCGCUCUACACCUGCUUUUGCACGUAUACAUGCCCGGAUUUACAGUGACCGAUGAGAAUGGAUGGGGCCACGACAGGAUUUUGAAAAGCGUGGACUGGAUUGGCCGGGAAUGUGAGGGAUUGGACCAGUUGUCCGAUAUAGCGCAGACAGAACUUGCAGAACAAGGCUGGUGCGCGAGCGAGAUUGACCUGUUGGCACCUGACGACCUGGCCUUCGCAUCCCUCCUCACUCGUCCGAGAAUCAGGGACCAUUCCAGCUGUGGGGAUGUUAUUUGCAAUGCAUAUCAGACGGACGAGGCGAGUUACGUUACGAGGCAUGUGCAAGACGGAUGCAGCUGCAACUUCGUAGGUGUACCGACAAGUCUUUUGGUUGAUGCAUUGUCCCAGAACAAGGUUCCCAGACUGUGUAUUACUGAGCAGUUGGAGUUACGAGUGGUUGUGGAAGACAAUUACCCAUACAUCGCGUUCUCCCAUGUUUGGGCCGAUGGGCUUGGAAACCCGCUCACAAAUGCACUUCCUAGAUGCCAGCUUCGCCGAUUGCAGGAUUAUGCAAACGAACUAUACCGCAUACACAAUCCUAUAUCAACCUCUGAAUCGGCUGACUUGCCAGUCGCACUUUGGCUGGAUACGCUCUGCAUACCCGUUGAGCCAAGUGCAAGAGCAUACCGUAAGAAAGCCAUCCAGCUCCUAGGAAAGACUUUCAAUGAGGCAGACGCCGUCUUGGUUCUCGAUCGGGAACUCGAGAUCGUUGAAUCUGCCACAGUGUCGUUUUUGGAACUGGGGUUGCGCAUACUAUGCAGUGGCUGGAUGAAGCGCCUAUGGACGCUACAGGAGGCAACACUAGCAAGCGAGGCGCAUAACGUAACCCUCCUGUACUUCCAGAUGUGCGACGGUCCUUUCUUGUACCAGAAAUACGAUCGCAAUAGGAGUGCGCUACGACGUGUCGACGAACGCGUGACCGAGAUCCAGGCAGAGGAACGGUCUCUUCUUCACGACCAUGGUAUGAUGCUAGAGCUCGGGGCGCAACUACCGUCUGUGGGCAUGAUGCGCAAUAUGCGACAAGGCUGGUCGCCAUUCAGGGUCAUACACUCUGCUAUAGAGCAUCGGUCAACUAGCAAAGCCGAAGACGUACCGGUAUGCAUUGCCUCCCUAUUGGGCAAAGACCUAUCUACUAUUCUUUCCGGUGCGGACGUGGAACAACGCAUGGCCAACUUCUACGUUCUCAUGCGGGAGAUCCCACUUGGUGUGAUGUGGUGCGAGGGACCAGAGAAGCUAAGCGUUAAGCCGUUUCGUUGGGCGCCCCUGUCAAUUACUGCCUGCCCGCAAACCGUUUUUCUGGGAGGAGAUGUUUGUGUUUGUGACUCUGCUGGCCUGCAUGUCAGGUACUCUGGCUUUGUCUUUGCGGAGAACGAAGAAGAACGACAUGAUUCGGAGGCAAAUCUCCCUCCUGUCGUCGACAUGGUAUCUGCUGAGACAGGGAGUGUAUUAGGGCAACUCUUUGCUCUUCCAAGACGGGCACGUCGGGAAAUUUCUCUACAGCGAAAUUUAGCAGCGAUAGUCAGGUAUGAUGAUCGUCCCUGGUAUGCAUCCCACUGCCGCGAUCGUGGUUAUUGAGGGCACUGUCGAAGUGGACAGGGAGAUGCAAUUGACUGAGUUUGUUUGCAGAAUUGUUGGUUACAUGUAUCUUCAGUCUCCAGAUCGGGCUCCAGGAACGGCAGUUCGUGUCCAUGCUACAGCGGUCGAUCAGAUGUGGUGCAUAACUUGAUGUCCCGAGCUUGUGGGAGUGUGGAACAUACACCUUUUGUAUGCACAUUUAAUUGAUACCAAUACUUAAAUUUUAGUUUCAUUACAUCGCCGGAGCAGAGUAUAACUUCUAAUGGACACAUUGUACAAUUGUCAUGAACUUGUGUUUCUGUCAGUGAAUAUAUCUCAUCUUCUAUAGAGCCUAUAAACAUAAAUUGUGGUAUCGUCCUGUUCUUCUUUGUAGACGAGUCCGUUUCUGCAACCGAAUGGUAGACAUUAACAACACA